AUGUCACACUACGAGAAGCUCACGUACAGCUUCAGUGGAGGGAGACACAGGCCCCAGACUCCGCCCCCUCAAACACAGGCCCUAGACUCCGCCCCCCCAGACACAGGCCCCAGACUCCGCCCGAGACUCCGCCCUCCCGGACAGAGGCCUCAGACUCCGCCCCCUCAGACACAGGCCUCAGACUCCGCCCCCUCAGACACAGGCCCCAGACGCCGCCCCCUCAGACAUAGGCCCCAGACUCCGCCCCCUCAGACACGGGCCCCAGACUCCGCCCCCUCAGACACAGGCCCCAGACUCCGCCCCCUCACACACAGGCCCCAGACUCCGCCCCCUCAAACACAGGCCCUAGACUCCGCCCCCCCAGACACAGGCCCCAGACUCCGCCCGAGACUCCGCCCUCCCGGACACAGGCCCCAGACUCCGCCCCCUCAGACACAGGCCCCAGACUUCGCCCCCUCAGACUCAGGCCUCAGACUCCGCCCCCUCAGACACAGGCCCCAGUCUCCGCCCCCUCAGACACAGGCCUCAGACUCCGCCCCCUCAGACACAGGCCUCAGACACAGGCCCCAGUCUCCGCCCCCUCAGACACAGGCCUCAGACCCCGCCCCCUCAGACACAGGCCUCAGACUCCCGCCCCCUCAGACACACACACAGUAUUUAUAG